CUUAUCUGAUCUUAUCCUAGAAAAAUGUAAUAAUUGUAAUACGUCCCGACGCAAGGGUAACGUCAUGCGUGGCGUCCCCGGCGUAACCGGCGUACGUCCCGCGUCAUAUCUUCCAACACAACCGCCGCUUCCUGGCCGGCCCGGGCAGCCCUCAGGCCCCGCUCCAACACUGAACCGUUACCCGCUCCGUUAUCACCGGACAACGGCCACCAGCUCCCCGCUCCCCCCGCUCGGUCCGUGAGGAGCUGCCGCCGGGAUGAGUGAAUGAAACGGCUGAAAUCUGUCGAGAAGUCCCGGGACUCGCUGCUUGCGCCGGGGCUGGAGGAGAGGUUGCGGCUGAGGUGUGGCGGCCGUGGUGAUGGUGUUGGACUCAGGUGAAGUCUUCAUGGAUCAGGUAGAGGGUGACAGCGUUGGGAGAAGCGGGAACUUGUUGGAGCCGGAGGUCCGGGCAGAUCCACCAAAACCUGCGGCGGUGUCCAGAUCGCCGGCCAAACGGAGCAAUGUGGCCAAGAAGGAGAAGGUGUCCCACAACGGGCUCCCGGCGCCGACCAACAGCAGCCAGGUGGCGGUGCAGAGGAGGGCGUCAUCAUCAAAAGGUGUGACCACGCCCAGACCGCCGCUCCGCCGCCCCCUCAGCCUGGAGGUGACGCCCCAGCGCCUGCGGGGGUCUCAGGAGCAGAUGUCGGACCGGAGGAUGGUGCAGCCUCCGUGGCGCAGCGGGUCGGCCGCCCCGUCGCCCCCGGCCCGCAGCCUGACCAGCCCCAGCCUGGGCGUGGGCGGCUGGAUGCGCCGCAGCGAGAGCACCUGCUCCGUCAACUACUCCCUGGGGCUCCGGGCCGGCAGGGGCCAGAUGAGACCGGCCACCUCGCUGCCACACAUAGCGAAGGGGACGGGGGGCAGGACGCCGCCGCUGCCCGCCUCCAGGCCCUGUCUGCUGGUCGCCCUGCGCCCUCUCAACCUAGAGCAGGAGAAGCAGACCUUCUUCCAGUCCGACUACAAGUACGAGCCGCAGUUUGAGUACGCUCAGCCGGAGCCGAGGAGCGUGCUGGAGAAGUACAGAGAGGGCUCCGGCCUCUUCCUCGAACAGGCGGUCGGCAUCAUGGAGUGCGUCCUGAGGAAGUUUGGCUCCUAUGAGAACUUUGAGGAGGUGACGGGCGGCAGUGUCCUCCCGAAGAGUCAAGUCUGGGCGGCCGUACGCAAAUACCUGCAGAAGGAAGGCUGCGUGGGAGAGGUGGUGGUGCGUCUCUCUGAUGAGCUGCUGUCUCAGGCGGUGAUGGUGGUGGAGAGCUGUCGUCCCACUCUAACCAUCAACCUGUCAGGAGCUCGGCAGCACUGGCUGGAGGGGAUGCUGCGGCACGAGAUCGGUACUCACUACCUGCGCGGCGUGAACAACAACCUGCAGCCGUGGUCGAGCAGCGAGGGCAGGAAGCAGUUCGGCCUGAAGCCGGCGAACCCGACCGAGGAGGGUCUGGCCAGCCUGCACAGCGUGCUGCUCCGGAAGCAGCCGUACCUGUGGAGAGCCGCGCUGCUCUACUACACCGUGUUCCACGCCGCCACCAUGAGCUUCAGCCGCCUCUUCAAACACAUCGCUCGCUUCGUACACGACCCCAACGUCCGCUGGGAGUACUGUCUCAGGGCCAAGAGGGGACAGACAGACACCUCACAGCCCGGUUGCUUCAGUAAAGAUCAGGUUUAUCUGGACGGGAUCCUCCGAAUCCUCCGGCAUCGAAGGAACAUCGACUUCAAGAUGUUGACGUCUUUAGGAAAGGUGUCUUUUGAAGACGUGGAGCGGCUGCGUCUCCUGGCGGUCCUCCCGCGGACCAGAAUCCCUCACUUCAUGCGAGACCAGGAGCGUUACCUGCAGCACCUGGACCACAUCAUGUCCGUCAACGAGCUGGACGACUCGGCGCUGCAGCAGCUGCUUCCCUGACCUCCUCCGCCUGCACCGCCCGAUCCCUGAGGAGGAGGAGGAAGAAGAAGAGGAGGAGAAAGAGGAGGAGGAGGUGGAGGUACACGGACUGAAACUUGUUUAUUAUCACUUAAAACCAUCCAGUAUUAUCGGAGCUUUAUUUCAAGCGAUUUUUUUUUCUUUUUUGUAAAACUUGAAUGAUACGAACAAAAAGGGACGUAAACACUAACACCUCUAUCUACAUGUCCACUCGUGUCCACUGCAUGCCCCCCCCCCUCGCCAUGAAGUUACCUCAAUACUGCAACUCUACGAUGUAACCAACAGUAUCUAUGUAGACUCAUACAUAAUCACCGCGUACGGAUCCAAACAUGCUUUAUUUAUGCAAUUAUUUAAGUUUUUUUACGUUGAGAGAACAAAAUGAAUGUCUCUGGUAUUAGCUUUAUACCUUUUUAUUUCAGACAACGUUGUUUUUAUGCCUUAUAGAUCGUUUGCAUCUUUUAAAAAUAAAAGAGAACACCAAGGACACAUUUCUAAAAGCCCCGGGGGAACUGAGGCCAUGAAUCUCUAAGAUAUCAAGUGCCAGUGGCCUCAGUGGAAAACAUUCCCCGGGGUGUUUUUUUUAUUCAGAAUAUCAGUGUUUUGGAGCAGAUAAUCAGCUGUGUUGUUCCUGUCUUAACCGUGUCCUUGGUGGUCUUUUCAUAUCAAUAUGCUACUGUGAUGUGACCCCGUCCCCGAGCUCCCCCUCCGCACAGACCCGACCUGCUGUCACUGCGUUAAAGGACUUCUCUUCUUGCAGAGAGUCAGAAGAGAAGAGAGAUAUUAUUCUAAAAUCUGUAGCUGAAGAAUAGAGAUAAAAAUGAAAGGAAACAGCUCCGACUGAGAGAGGCCAAGAAACGUUUCUUUUUUACAAUUAACAGUUGAAAAGAUGAGAGAAAUGACAAGGUCAGACAAAAUGUAAAUCAUACUUUGGUGCUUCAUUUUUACCUCUUAAUCUUAUUAUAAACUUAUAUUUUUAUAUAACAAACUAAAACACUGACAAUAAGGAAGAUCUUGAGGAUAGAAAAUAUGAAAUAAAAAUCAAAUCUGAAGUAAAAAGAAAUCAGGUUUGAAUUGAGAUCAAAGACUAAAAUAUUUAGGUGCUGUCGACUUGUCCAGUUACUGAUUAGUUUAUUUACACUUUAGCAAAUUUCUCCCGCAUUGAAACCAUGUACUGUUCUCAUCUGCAUCAUCUGCAGUCAGCUAAACUCCUCCAAUGAUCAGGCCGUGUGAAGUACUUGGCAGGAUUUUAAUGAAGAAAAGGUAAAACUGAAAAUAAACAAAUAAUACAGACAAAUAUAAAAAAUAUAACUUUACAACAUGUUAAUUCCUCCGAAACAAAUAUACAAAUACAAAUAAACAAACUCACUGGCAAUCCACAAGAAUAAAUGAAGGAUGAGGAUUGUUGCUCUUCCAGAUAACAAAACAGGACUCCUUUAACUGUGAGGAGACCGGAGAGUUGCCAAAAUAAAAGUCACCUCUUCAAAAUAAAAGUUCUUACAUUUCUCAUUGCAUGACAAACCACGAGGAGACUUUAUUUCAGAAAAAAAAUCUGUACGAUUUCACAACAGCAUGAAUUUUUUUUAAAUUAAUUACACAUAUGAUUGUCAAUCUAAAAGAUAAUUUUAGAAGUAAAUAAAGUAGUUUAUUUUACAACUUUUUAAGUAUAAGACUGUUAGAAUUAGAAUCAUGACUUUCUCUCUCACUGACUGACUUUAAAACAAUAUAGUCAGCAGCAUGAAUCAAACGUAUGUUAUUUGUCAAUUUAAAGGUUAAUAAUUCCAGUGAAGAAAGGCAGUUUCUUGUAAAACUUCUGAAGAAAUAAUAAUAAUAAUAAUAAUAAAAUAAUAAAACUGGAAAUGUGUGUGUUGGUACUCACACAGGCGGCAGUUCUGCUCCUUCCUCAGCUUCCCUGCUGAUAAAAAGUGAUUUUCUUCACCUUUUCUAUAACUCAAAUGUGCCAAGGAGUGUCAUGAAACAUCGAUCUGUAUCAGUUCAGUGAUCAAUGAUCCAAUAACAUCGCUGCAAAGUGAAAAUAUCAGUAAGAUGCACUUUUAUGAAGUUGAAGUUACCACUUUUGAUCUAUUCUUGUUAUUAUAAAGAAAAGAAAAAUUAAGUUAAGUUAUAAAAUUGUUGAAUUAUAUUUUAGUUUUGUGAGCUGAUAUAAAUGUAAAUUGGCACAAUAUCGCCUUAUAUUGUUUCUCAAUUAGUCAUAAGAAAUGAUAUGACCCAGAUUCCUGCCUUGUUUAUAGAGAUUAUUUUAGAGGGGUUUUUGUGCAACAAACUGAAAACACAGUCAUGGAAAAUAUUAUUAGACCACCCUUUUUCUUCAUUUUCCCCUUAUGAGCUAUUUUUGUAAAAAAAAUAGCUCAUAAGGGGGCUUUGCAAAUUUCAAUAUCCUUUUAAUUUAUGUAUUAUUUAUUUAACUUCUGCCGUAACAAAAUUCUGCCGAAGAACAUAAACAACAUUUCAUCAUUGUCAAUGUGAUUUUUACAUUAAAAUAUAUUUAUUUUAAAUAAGGUUCUGAUGAGUUAAAUUACAUUAAAAUAAAUCAAUAUGUUCUUUUAAUCACAGACUGUGUUUUUUCAGUUAAUAACCAAAUCAUUAUUCAAAAUCGUUAUCAAGAAAACCAAGGAAAAUGUCUAGAUAUCAUCUAUUAAAUUAAAGUCUUAUGAGCUAUUUUUGUUGUUAUCAUUAUAUUUGUCCAAACAAAUGUACCUUUAGUUGUACCAGGCAUUAAAUGAACAAGAAAUUGAAGAAAAAGGGUGGUCUAAUCAUUUUUUCCAUGACUGUAAUCUUGCACUUACAUCCACCCUAAAGCGGAGAACUUAGGCUAGCAGUUUCCCUUCAUUCCCAGUCUUUAUGCUAAGCUAAGCUAACAGCUGAGUGGUACCAAUCUCCUCUUUUAACUCUCUGCAACAAAACUAAUGAGUGCAUCUCCCCAAAAUGUUCCUUUAACGUGCAGACAAAGUGCCAAAGAGGCAUGGAUCGGUUCAGUUCAGUUCUUGGUGUUGUUGGAAGCAGCCGGAGGUCGAGGUCAGACCGCGGCCGCCGGCGGGGGAGCUGGGUGUUGUGGGCGUGCCUUCGAUGGGCGUCAAGCCCAUCUGCUGUAGCUAGCCGUGUGUUUGUAGGCUGCUUUUUACCGUGUUUGACACUUAAAACUUCAGAUGUCAGUCGGGCGUUUCACUUUGGGCCAGGCCGUCUGCAGCAGAGACAAAACCAGGAUCCAGGAUCCACAGCUCCAGUUUUUAACUCAAAACACUUGACCAAAAUGUGAAUUCUGUGAUGCAUUUUAACUAUUUUCAGAAGAUUGACAUGUGAUUAAAAAUCUAUUCUGCUGUUUACAGUUUCAAGCAGAAACACGUUUUGAAUUGAGCAGCUGGUCGUCUGCUGUCAAACAUGCGGCCUGGAUUAAACCGAUGCACCUAUUUGUAACGCACGAAUGUUGCACAAGUGUUUUAUGUUCUGGAAAACACCUUGAAGUUCCAGUUUAUUUAUUAAAAAGUACACACACUAAA